AUGUCAGCAGCAUCACCAACACCCAUGGGCCCUGGGAGCCACUUCACCUCCCUCGGCCGGAGAACAUCAGCGCGCCAGGCCUUGCGCAGACCAACUUCCCGCCCAGCAUUCAGUCGCAGCGAAUCUCAACCCGCUGUCCACAGUGCUCGCGAGGCGCCUCUGAGCGCCAACCGCGCUGAGUCACAACCACAACAGCAGCAGUAUGAUGCAAUGCACGACAGCUCCGACGAUGAAAUCCCAGUGCCCAUGAAGCUCAGUGCUCUGACUAAGGCUCUACUGAACGACGGCGGCGCAACAGAUGCCUCGGCAGCCGCAACCGCGCGUCGUACCAAUGAGGCACUUAGUCAACAGCCGGAGCCCAGGGUUAUGACCAGGAGGCGGAGCUAUCUUACCAGGAACUCUUCGUCAGCCGCGGACGAUAGGGAAUCAGCACCAGCGCCAGCCCCGGAACCGGAUCGACCGCUCAGGGAGACCCGGCGCCAUACCAGGACCAGCAGUGCGGCAGGAGGGACUGCGCCUUCUAGACAAGCCUCGCCUGCGCGAGCAAGGGAUAGCAGCCCGCCACCGCGCAAGCGAGUCGUUCGACUUAGCAACACGCCCAGUAUCGCGCCCAAUGUCGCGCCUGUGCAGACCAGCCGACUGAGGAGGUCACUGUCCACCUCGACCACAAGAAGACCAGACAGCCGCGCCGGCGAUGUGGACGAGAGCAUGCACAGCGCCGGGGCUGCCGCACCUGCCGAGGAGGCAGACAUCAACACUCCAGCGCAGCCCGUCCGCCGAGUACAAAUUGCCAUCGGGUCUUCACACAAACGACAGUCAGCUGGCAAUUCUUCUGGCUUUGCAUCUAGGAGCACCGGCUCCUCCAUGCGCAGCGACCAGGAAGGUCCCGAAGACCCCCAAACUGCACCUCGGCCGCAGUCCGCCAUUGGCAGCGUCUCGAGACUUGGCGGCAGCGCAAGCGUCAAAUCGAGAGAAGAGCAAAAUGCUCAGGGAUCCAUGCGGGUCAAGAGACUUGGCAAGAUCCCAGGUAGUUUCCUCAGCGGCCCUGCUCGCCGCGGUAGGAGACGUGAGAGCGAAGAGGACAGGCUGGCUAGGGAGAACGACGAAGGCGAGAUGGUGUAUGGCCAGGAGCACGACGACUAUCCGCCGCCUGAAAUUGGCCGCAGUGGCGCUGAACCUCAAGCAUCGUCAUUUUACGAGUCAGCGUACCGGGAUUUCGCGGCGUCUGGCAGUCCCGUUAGCAGCAAGGAGUUGAGAGCAGGGAGCCGCAGACAAUCCCAUGCAGAUCUCAGGGCCGCCUCUCUCAGCGAGGCUCACAAGGUGAUUGAGGCAGCCCGGGAGGAAGCCGCCCGAGAACCGCUCGAGAUACCGUCAACACACGACCAAGAGAACGAAAUGCCUGCCCCGUCGGCCUUUGAGAGACGGAGGCCGUCCGUCAAUAUCUAUCCCGACAAGGACCAGGACAAGAAACUGCUUCGGUCACCUAGUCUUGUUGAGAUUGGCUCCAGGGCAAUCCCUCGAGCCGUCUCGCCAGAGCGUCCGAUACUGGCGUCCCUCAGCCAAAAUGUCCAAAAGACACCACACGUUGUGAUACCGAUGCAGCGACCUGCACCGCCUCCGCCACCAAAGAUGAGCGUUCUGGACGCAGCCACGGCUACAGGCGGCGCUGCCACUACCAAAGAAGCUGCCAAGAAGAGGAGCAUUAUUCUCAAAGUCAAUGGUCGAUCAUACCAAAGGGUAGACUGCAUAGGCCGAGGCGGCAGCGCAAAGGUGUACAGGGUGACGGCCGAGAACGGCAAAAUGUUUGCCCUGAAGCGAGUCAACAUUGAGAACGCCGACGAGACUAUGCUCAAGGGCUACAAGGGCGAGAUCAACUUGCUGCAAAAGCUAACGAACGUGGAACGUGUCAUCCAGCUCUAUGAUUUCGAGCUCAAUGAGGAGAAGCACGUGCUCAGUGUCCUCAUGGAGAUUGGUGAACUGGACCUCAACACCCUUCUAAGAGUCCGGCAAAACCAAGAGGGGGCCAAACUCGAUCCCGUAUUCAUCCGAUACUACUGGAAAGAAAUGCUCGAAUGCCUCGCCGCCGUGCAUACCCACAACAUCGUGCACAGCGACCUCAAGCCCGCAAACUUCGUGAUGGUCCAAGGCCGCCUAAAACUGAUCGAUUUCGGAAUCGCCAAUGCCAUUCAGACCGAAGAAACAGUCAACGUGCACCGCGAGACGCAGGUCGGCACACCCAGCUACAUGAGCCCCGAAAGCCUGAUGGACUCGAGCCACUAUGCAUUCACCUCUGCGAACGGUGGCAGGUACUGGCACGGACCCAGAGGCCCCAAGCUCAUGAAGCUGGGCAAGCCAUCCGAUGUGUGGAGUCUGGGGUGCAUCCUAUACCAGAUGGUCUACGGCAACUCGCCGUUCGGGCACAUCCAGAACCAGAUGGCACGCUGUCAGGCCAUCAUCAACUGGUCCCACAAGAUCGAAUUCCCCGAGAAGGGCAUCGGCGGCGUCAAGGUGCCGCCGAGCCUGCUGCGCACGAUGAAGAAGUGCCUCGACCGGGACCAGCACGCGCGGCCGUCGUGCGCGCAGCUUCUGGGAGAGGACGACGGCUUCCUGUACCCGAUCGAGUACGCCAGCGACGUCAUGGGCGCCGCGGACAGUCUGCCAAUCACGGAGGAGCUGCUAGGGCGCAUCAUCCAAAGCGUCGUCACGCGCUGCCGCGACAGGUUACCCACCGACGGCGAAGCCAUCAAGACGUGGCCAUCGGCGUACUGGACCAGCGUGCGCAAGGCCAUCGAAGCCAAACAGAGCGAAGGGGAGAGGCGGUAA